AUGCCCUAUUAUUUAGCUGACCAAAGUGUGACUUCAAUAAAAAAUAACAAAGGUCGCUUUAGCGACUUGAAUGGUGAACUGUUAUUAGAUAGAGUAAAUCAAAACAAACAACGAAUCGAUGAAAUUGAAAGGAAUGUAGUUCAUAAUAAACAAACUCAUACGUUCAAAAUACAUCUUACAUUAACAAGUCAAUAUGGUGAUGAAGAAAAAGAUUUUCGAACUAAUGAAAUAAGUAAAAAUGAAGAAUUUAUUACAGUAAAUAAAAACAAUAAACGCAAACAAAGACGUACCAAUGAUUACAAUGAAAAACAAAACAAUGACGAUGCCUUAUGCAUUAUAUCGAACCAAAUUUAG